CUUACAGGUUGCCGUAAUUACGUAUUCAUAAGGUUAAAGGAGACUAGCUUCUAGCAAGCAAACAGCUAAGAUAAGUCAUACAAAUAUUCAGUCCAUUCUUGAACAAGAGAAGCCCAACAGGAUGACCAGUGUGCUCUGUGGCAGAGCUCGGCUGGUGACAUACCUGCCGGGGCUUCACGUUCUAGUUCACCGUGUUGUAGGGGCCAGAACUUUCUCUGGGGCAUCUGGUUCAGAUGAGCCACACCUGAACAACACAACCCCUGACAUUGCGCCGAGGACAGUGUGGCCAGAUGACACCAUGGGCCCGUUUGGACCUCAGGAUAAACGUUUCCAAUUGCCGGGUAACAUUGGUUUUGACUGCCAUUUAGAGGGCACUGUCCAGCAGAAGACUGCACCAAUCCACAGUGUGAUGCCAGAUGUGCUCACUGCUCAGUCUAGCUGCGAGAGGCACAACUUCAUCCUGGCCCAGUUCAUCCACGAACUUCAUGAAAGUGAUAAAACCGCUGCAGCACAGGACAUCAAUAAAGCAGAAAAUUAUUUUGAUCAUUCCAUUGUGGAGUGUGCUGUUCAGUCUUGCCCUGAACUGUUAAAGAGAGAUUUUGAGUCAAUGUUUCCUGAAGCACCGUCAGCUAGCAUGAUGGUGGUCACCGUUACUCAAAGGACACAGAACGAUAUGACGGCCUGGACUGAAAAGGUGGACCAGGAGAGAGAACAGCUGCUGGCUCAGUUUAUUGCAGGUGCUAAGGAGAUAUGUUUAGCGCUCCGAACAGAAGGAUUUUGGGCAGAUUUCAUUGACCCAUCCUCUGGUCUUGCAUUUUUUGGAUCAUACACAAACAACACCCUCUUUGAAACGGAUGAAAGGUAUCGCCAUUUAGGUUUUCAGAUCGAGGAUCUGGGCUGUUGUAAAGUGAUCCGGCACACGAUGUGGGGGACGCACGCUUUUGUGGGGACACUUUUCACUACAGCGCCACCCAACAGCCAAAUCAUGAAGAAGCUACAGGGGCAUUAAAGUUAAAGAUACCAUGUCACCAUGGGAACACUAUCAGUCUCAAAACCAGAAUGCAGAUUGAAACAAUCUUUGUGUUUAAUUUUUUUAAUUUUAUUUUUUUAACACCAUUCAACAAAAUCAAAAACAUACUUGUGUCCAAUAGUGCACACAACGAAGUUGCUCAAUGGUGAUGAGAAAUGUGUAUUUAUUUUUGUAGAACAAAAGGCACUUUUGAUGUGACUUUGAUUUUGGUUGCUUGUGUUACAGAGCAUUGUUCUGUGUCAGUAAAAAGUAUGUUAGAUGUUACAUCUCUUGAGAAGCUCUCUCUCUGUGUUGCCUUUCUUUUAAUGCAAACCUCAAAGAAACUUAUUCUGAAAGCAGUUGUAGAGUUCAGAUUGUUUUCUGCCACAUUGCUCCAUCAGAAUUGGGAAGUACCGGUCAAUGGUGAUUAAGUUAUUAAGUAGUGUACGACAUAUUAAUCAAAGAAUAGAAGUAAUCCAGGGCCUUUCAACUUAAUUCAGUUAUUCAGGAAAAGAUUUCUCUAUAUGUCCAUGAUAGACACAAUAAAUAAGAAAGGAGGAUUGUUCUCUGUAAUGUUUGUUUUAUUUUAGAGAUUAGAUAUCUUAGCCUGUCUCUAAACUGAAUGGUGAAGGUUUAGGCCUGAUUAGCUUGAAGCGAUCAAAAGUAACAGUUGCUGGGGUCGGCAUCUCAUGGGUGUCAAUAGAAUUCUGAAUCAGAUCUGAUGUACUAUAAUCAGUUAUCAUUCAACUUUGAGACUUCAAUUAUUUAGCCAAUUCUUCACUCUCCAUUAGUACAUGUCUGUCAGUGAAUAUGUGUUAAGCUCUGUCUGUAAUCAUUCUGAAAUGCAUCUAUAGGAGUAAGACACAAGCCGAGAUAAUGGCAAGUUUUUUCUUAUUACAUUUAAAAUCUAUGGCAUUAUUUAAUCAGAUAUUCCCUAUUGCUUACAGCUUUUCUGCCCUUGAAAUAUGUUGAGUCAACAAUUGUAUGGCAAGUGCAUUGAAUUUGUACAAGCUACCAUUUUAUUAUAAUAACCACCAUCUGAAGAUGUAAUUGAAGAUAUUUACCAAAAGAACAUUUAGCUGUCCGUGUGGUCUAAUCAAGGUGUAUUUGGUUGUUAAAAGACAGGCUGCGUUUGGAUAUUAAAUCAUGCUUUUGGGACAACGGACAUCACCCCAUGCAUGUCUAACAGCCAAGCUUGAUUGAUGUAGCUAUCAAGUAAAUUGUCCCUCCCCUUUGUUAAUCUGAAAGCUUGCUGUUUCACUAAAGUCAUGGGACUAUUCUAGAGUAAUGCGAUAAUUAAUUUUUAAUAGUUAUAAUGAUUAUAAAGUGAAUUGUUCCUUUAACCCCUCCAGAGGAACUUUAUAAAUGUUUGAAUAUAUAAAUCGCCACUGUGUUGAUAUAUAUACAAAUAUAUUCUUAUACACUUGACUGAAAUGUUUCUCAUAAUCUUAAAAUUAGUUUUGUUAACCAAAAUAUAAUAGUAACACCAUAUAAAUUUAUUUCAUUAUAAAACUAAAAUUUAAUAAAAACAAAAUUAAGUUUUUGAAAUUGUUGAUUUGGACCAAAUAUAAAGAAAAGCAGUCAAUAACUGCCCAACAUAGAUGGGAACUCCUUCAAUAGUGUUUAAAAAACAUCCCAGGAUGAUACCUCAAGUAGGUGGUUGAGAAAAUGUCUAGAGUACAUUUCUGCAAAUUGUAGUCAAAAGAGUGACUACUUUGAAGAUGCUAAAAUUUAACACAGUUUUGAUUUAUUUUGGAUGUUGUUUAGUCACAACAUAAUUCCCAUUGUUCAGUUUAUGUUAUUCCAUAGUUUUGAUGACUUUACUAUUAUUCUAAAAUGUGAAAAAAAAAGUUAUAUAUAUAUAUAUAUAUAUAAAAUAAAGAAUGAAUAAGUGUUUCAAAACUUUUACCCAAUAGUGUGUGUGUAUAUAUAUAUAUAUAUAUAUAUAUAUAGAUAAAAUAAAAAUGGACCAGCUGACCAAGGUAUCUGCACAUCUCAAUUCAAAGAAACAUGAGGCUUUAAGUCCAAGAUCAGAUAAAAUUUGGUUUUCAAACACUGAAUUAUGUUUUGGAAUUAAUCACUUAGAAAACAUGAAAUAAUAUUUAUUUAAUUUUUUUGCAUUUUAUUUGUCAUGAUUUAUUUCACUCUUUUUUUUAACAUUUAACAGUCCCUUACUGCUUCCUACAGUUCUUUAAGUUUCUUCUUAACUGUAAGUGUAAGAUUAAUUAUAUAUUUAAAAAUAAAUGAUAAUAUUUUAAUAUUAUUUCUCGUUCUCAACUAAAGGAUUUGCAAUUGUGGAAUAAUUCAAAAUCACACGAGGAAACGAGUCAUGCAUUUUUAAAUGGGGUUACAAAUCUAGGUCAGACAGCCAUCUUGUUACUUUCCUGAUAAAUGAAUUAUUCAAACACCCCCGAUUAUGAAAUGUCUGUGUAUUUGAUCAAUACAGGUCCUAUUUAAAUCCUGUGUCAUUGUUUUGAAGAUGUCCUUUGAAAUCAUAUUUAUUGCACCUGAGACACAUUUGACAGUGGAGGUGUAGAGAAUUCAAAUGGAUUCAAUGUAUGAAAGUAUAUCAACAUAAAAUCAAGAAAAUCAACUGGUGAUCAAAAAAUACUGUUAAAACUGUGUGUAAUGGGUAAGAGGGGGGGAGGAGUGCUUCUCUCCCCCUUGUUAGGCCAGUGACAACCAAAGCAAGGCCAGCAAAGCAAAGGAAAACCUGAUGUCAGAGGUCUGUUCAGACAAUGGAACAUUCCCAUUAGUUAUCUGCCAACACUUUCCUGUUUUUAGAAACCAGCUAAGAUUUACAUUGGCUUGGUCAGAGAGCUUUUUAAGUAGAUAUGACUAUACAUAUUCUCUGAACUGGCCAAACAAUGGAAGGUGAUUUUACAGGGUUAAAACUAAGGACAGUAUCCAGGUAUCUGCUGUGGCAAUUUACAUUUCAAUAACGACACCCUUUAAAGUUGAUUUGUAUAUUUAACCUUUUCAUUUUUCCAGAGUCAAGUUUUGAUGACUUUUGCAAACUGGCAGAACUGAUAAUUCAUCAGACAGAACAUAAGACCAAAAACUCUCAAGUCUGUGUUGUUUAAGCUCAUGUGCUCUUUUUUCAUUCAGCUCUGUGUAUUCUGAUUCGUAAUCCUUUUAGGGCUUUCUCUGCAGGAAUUUCAACGAAUUAAGGCUGAAAAUAAAGUUAACACUUGUAAUGAACAAGAGAACUCAGACAGAAUGAGCCAGAACAGUUUACACAUGUAUAAAAUAAUUGGAUCUUCAAAAACUACUUUAUUUGACUCUGCAGACAGUUGAUGCUGAACCAGAUUUUCUUAUAUUUUCAACAAAUAAUUAAGUAUUUUUAAAGAUAUUUCCAAUGUUCUACAAAAUGAUUAUCAAACUAUUUUUCCUUUAGAUCUGGCUUUUUGUGGACUAUUUUUGCUCACAUUUUCUGUCCUGCUUGCAUUGCUAUAUUUUAAAAGUUUGUUGAAUGAUAGAAUUACUCGAUUCUGCACUUCUCUUAGUCCACCCCUUCCUCAGGUCUUCUCAAAACACUUCAGCAGACAUUCUUCCUGUCCUGUGAGAUUUUCCCACUGUCUCUGUCUUCCUUUGAAGACAGUUUUUUUCACACUUACAUCAUUAUCUGUUGUUGCCUCCACCUUGUUCUGGAAAUGAUUAGGAAUUCACAUGAUGUUGGUCAGUAAAAUGUGAUGUUGAGUUUGUUCUGCGUGUUUGGCUUCAUGCAGUAAUCCAGGUGUUUCAGGAACACAAAUAACCUCUGCUCUCUGUCUGUUCACAUUGUCAUUAUGAAACCAUUUUUAGUUUUCGUAUCCUUGACACAUUUUCAAGCCUUGUAACUUCAAAGUGCAUGGCAUGCUUAAAAACACAAUCUUGUGUACACUGUAAAAAGUAUAACCUGCAAUUGUUACGUUAAGUAGUUUUUCUUUACCUGAUGUUACAAUGUAUUCAACAACAGGUUGAUUCUGUGAUGUUAUAUCAGCUGGACUGCAAUAAAACCAGUUCAUUUAGAUGUUAUGACAUGA